AUUGAGAGGGAAUUAUCAUUUAAUUUAUUUAAUUUGUGAAGUAGAGUUUUAUAUUUUCUGAGGUUGAUGGAGAAAUUCAGUAUCUUUCUGUUUGUUACAUGCUGAGUAUGACCGAUUGAUGCUAGAUGUAUGGCAUUAAUUCUAAAAGUAGUUUUCUUCUCAAAUUUCAACGAAAACCCUUAUAAGUUCUAAGUGACUGAUUUCAGUAGAGAAAUUUUGCUGUCCAGUAAGCGUGAUAGUGACAGUGAGGAGGAGGAAAGUGAUUAUGAAGAUGAGGUUGAAACUGUUAGCAAGAUGAUGAUUAAUGAAGGAUUGCAUGCAAGUUGGGACCAGCCAAUGUCUUCCACGAUGUUGAGCAAACAAGGCUACAAGUGUUGGCAUUCCAAUUGACUGAGAAGCUUUUAGUUCUUGUUAAAAGUAACGAGAGGGCAGUAAAGGCAAGGAUUGGCGGUGGUGGAGGAUUAAAUCUACCCAUCAGGCGGGAGAAAACCAGGAUUAUGCAGCUGCUAUAGCUUCUACUGGUGGUAGGUGGCAAGUACAUGUAUUUCCCUCAGGGGAAGCAAGGUAGAAGAGGGCGUCUAGGAUAUGGUGCUGGUGGUGCAAGAACAGUGGCUUUUGGUCAAGUUGCUGGAGGGGACUAUUGGUCCAAUCAGUCGCGAGAAGCAGGUAGAUAUUUCAGGAGGAUUGCUUCUCCGGUUAAAGGUUCCUAGAUGGAUGCUUCAAGCCACAUGGUCAAUCUUAACCAUGGGAAGUAGAGGAAACUGCAACCAUGCAAAUAAGCUUAGUGGAAUGCCCGCAAUCAACACAGAUGGAAUUUCAAGACCAACUCUGUCCUUAAAACCUGUAAAUUUGAGGAAGAUGCUAAACCCACCAUUACCAGAUAAUUCCCUCGGGAAUCUAAGUUGGCUGACAGCUUGUACCCAUAAUUCAACUGAGAAAGAGAUGGAAUUACCUUCGUUCGAGCAGAAGAGGGUUGGAGAACUUGUAUCGGAGACAGGUGCAGAAGUAUAUGGUUUCACCAAUUGGUUGAAUUUGGGUUUAAAUGAAAUUGAUUUUGGGUGGGGGAAGCCAAUAUGGGUUGGGUUUUUAGGUGAAGUUCAUUCUCCAUUCUGUAGUAUCACCGUUUUCAAGGAACUGGGAAAGAACAGUGCAGUCGAAGCUUGGAUUACUUUAGAGGAAGAGAAAAUGAGUGUUCUGGAGAAUAAUCCUGAAUUCCUCGCAUUUGCUUCCCCAAAUCCUAGCAUUCUGGCGGUGGAAUGAAUGAAUGAUCCAGCUGAAUUCCUCUGAAUUGCAUGCUCUCCGUUAUCAUUGUCUGUCUUUGGUGAUCUAAAUCUUUAAUAUAUUGAAAUAAACAAAUCUAGUGCAUAUUUUGAUGGCCAAAAAAUUAAAAAGAAAAAGAUUUUUGUGGUUUGGUGGCGAAGAGGCAUUCGCCCCCUACUUUUGUUUAUUAUUGAAAUAAAAUCUUUUGCCUUUUAAUUUUUAAUAAAUGAAUCUUAUUUUU